CUGCCUGUGUAUAAACAGUUGGCAAGAAACGAAGUCGAAAAACAGAAGUUUUGCUCGAAAUGGCAGCGUAAAAAACCAUUAAAGCCACUUUCAUUACUGCACGGCCGAGUCGGAAUAUAUACAUAUAUAGAAUAGUGACAGAUAACAGGCGGAGAGGCGGAAAAGCAGCGGAACACCCGGAACAUAUUGAUACAUAUGGACGUAGACUUCAAGAUAACGAAAGAACUUUCAGGCAUUUCCGAUAAUAUAUAAUGGUGGCGGCCAAGUACGAGCGGCUGAAUACCAGUGGUGAGGCGGCCGGGAACGGAAAUGGGAAUGCCAGCGAUGCAGAAGACGAGGAGAUCGAACUCCAUUUGGCGCAGAAGACGCAGCUGGGUAAUGGCCAUCGGUUGCGCCAGAGCAACUUCAAGUACGCCAGCGGAAAGUGCGGAUCCGGAGAGGCGCCGUGCACCAACGAAACGGCCACGUUGGCCCAGGAGAACAUGAUGAUGCAAAUGGCCGUGGGUACGCUGGCCAUUAUCUUCCUGUAUCUGGCAUUAUCCAUAUCGCUGACAUUCUACCAAACGGACAUCAACCGGCAGAUGCCCUUUCCCCUGGCCAUCGUAACCUAUCAUUUGGUUGUGAAGUUCCUUCUGGCCGCCGCGGCGCGCAGAAUCUACAGGAUGCGAGUGGGCCGAUCGCGGGUUCAGUUGGAUUGGAGGCUCGCCCUGCGGAAAAUGGCACCCACGGGAGUUGCCAGUGCCAUCGACAUUGGAUUCUCCAACUGGGGCCUGGCCCUGGUGCCCAUUUCCCUCUACACCAUGACCAAGUCCUCGACCAUUGUUUUUAUCCUGCUGUUCGCCAUCGCUUUUGGACUGGAGAAGAAGAGCUGGUAUCUGGUCUCGAUUGUGGGCCUGAUAGGCACUGGCCUUCUGAUGUUCACCUACAAGUCAACGGACUUCAAUGCCCUUGGUUUCUUCUUCAUCCUUUUCGCCUCGCUGAGCAGCGGACUGCGAUGGAGUUUCGCGCAGUUCAUAAUGCAGAAAUCGAAGCUAGGCUUGCACAAUCCCAUCGAUAUGAUAUAUUACAUGCAGCCGUGGAUGAUUGCCUCGCUGGUGCCCCUCGUAAUUGGAAUCGAAGGUGCCGGGCUCAUCGCGGUAAUAGAAGAUCUGCACAACCACACUUCGAAUGAGAUAACUUGGGCCAUUGCGAGGAUAUCAGCGGGCGCUUUGCUGGCUUUUCUCAUGGAGUUCAGCGAAUUCUUGGUGCUCUGCAAGACCUCCAGUCUGACGCUCUCGAUAGCCGGCAUUUUCAAGGAUAUCUGCCAGUUGGCACUAGCCGUGACUAUCAGAAAAGACCACCUGAGUGUCAUCAACUACAUUGGCUUGAUCAUUUGCCUGGCUGGUAUCGUUUGCCACCUACUGCACAAGUACUCCAAUAUGAAGGAGAUGCAGCGGCAGCAGGAGUUGCAGCUCGAUAACGACCAGGAGGAGUCGUCGCCAGGGGAGUACAAAUUCAACGAUGGCAGUGCCAUUGUGGGUGUCCAUGUGAAGUCGCACUCCACGCUGACGGUGCCAUUGCUGGAGCAAACCGACUCGGAGGACGAGUCUGGUGCAAGCAACAAACAGAACGCCUCCGAUGUGAUCUUCGACGUGCUGAAGCGACGCGACAUGCAGCGAUGAAAGCCAAUCCUUGUACAGAUGUCCUGUAAAUGUUGUAAAUUCAAACUACUUUUAUGUUUACCAGCACCUUGGCCCACGCAACUACUUACUACACUGGGAUUAGCAAUGCAUGUUUAAGUAAGCUAGUUAGUUUGACACUCUUCAUUCCUUCCGUCACCGAUUCCCUCAACUUCCUCGAUGCAUUCCCGCCUUGUGCAUUUAGGGGCUAGGCUAGAUAUAUGAGACGUACGUCAAAUUGAAGUGUAAAGAGUAACAUCCAUGUUUAAGUUGAUUCGAUUGUAACGACACGAAAUCUAAGGAACGAAGAGUAUUCUUUGGACAAUCAAUUAACUUCUAAUAGCAGUUAGUUUUAAUCUUUUUGCAUUUGUGAAGCUGAAAAUGUAUUGAGAACUGUCCAAAGUUUGCUUGAGUUCCGAAAUCUAUCUCGUUUCUUUUUUGUAAAAACUCGAUCUUAAGUCAUACAACCUAUGUAAAAAUAAGAAAGCCUUAAUGACCCUUUCAUUGUUCCUUAACUGACAUCUUUAAUUUGGCAUUCCAAAUUGAAUUGUAAACCCUUAUAGUUAUAAGAAUUUUUAAUUUGAAAGCUCCCGCAAACGUCUGAUUAAAUUAAACAAGGGGCAUUGUUCUUUAGCGAAUUAUAAAUAAUGUCUUCGUUGUUUUUAGUUAAUGCAUCAUUUUUGUUGAGUUUUUGACAUAUUGUAUUUAUAAGUUUAUAAGAUAAUUUCAAAUAUAUAUUAAAUACAUAUAUAUUAAAGCAU